AUGAUAUAUUUAAAUAGUUUAUUAGAUGUAAUAGAUAAUAGUGGAAUUUUUAAAUUUAAAUAUAUUAAUGUGUUAAAUAAAUGUAAAAAACCUAAAUAUGGAGAUAUAAUUAUAGGUGUUGUGUAUAAAUUAUAUAAUAAUAAUUUAUAUAAAAAAUCAGAUAAAUGUAAAGGUAUUUUAGUUCAACAAAAAUUAUUUUUAAAUUUAAAAAUAUAUUAUUCUAUAAAAUUUAAUAAAAAUGCUGUUAUAAUUUUAAAUAAUAAUUUAAUUUCAGUAGGUACUAAAAGUAAUAAUUAUAUAUUGAAAUAUAUAAAAUAUAAUAAAAAUAUUAAUAUAAAAAAAUUAAAAAUAAAAUAUAUUUAA